GUUCAACUCCUUGCAACGGAAGUUGUACCGCUCGACAGCAACCAUGGCGAGCCUGCCAAUGUUCCUACUUCCAGGCUCUGGUCACGAGCGAGGCAGAGAGCAAACGCAACAGGAGGUGCCAGUUGUUCCCAUUUCCAAGCCGCCUGAUAAAUGGAUGCGCCACCAAGGAUCUGGUGGACUGCAGCCUCCGGCGGGCGACAGGAUCGCUUUGCCACAAAUUGUCGCAAUUCGAAUCCAAGCACAGCACUUCGAAGUAGGCAACACGGCGGCUGCCAAGGCUGCGAUGCAGCUCACGGCGCUUGAGGACCGACUUCAAGAUGCAGUGUGCAGCAUGAGGCAGCGGACCAGGCUGCGUCGUGGUCACGAACUUGUGUGCAAUCGCUCGGCAACAAGCGAGUUCCAGGAAACCACUCUGGCGAAUGCCGUGACCUUCCUUACUCCGCCAAUCCAUCCCGUGGAAAUGUCACGCUGGUCUACCCUGACUGACAUGGUCAGCCUCAGAAAGACGACGAAGGCCCGGCACGCAAGCAAGAUCGAUGCGAUGAGCCUUCCCGGAGACGCUGUUCUCGAAGAACCCAAGCCUUUGGGAGGCCCAGCUCAGCAGUCUGAAGAGUUGAAGAGGGAGAACAAGGACACCUGCUGCUGUCAAGACACAUUCUGCUAA